AUGAUUAGAAACUUAUUAGUUUUGCUUUCAACAAUUUUUGCAGUGGUUAAUGCAUUCAACAACCACAAUGAAAAUCAUGGUGGUUAUCCAACAUGGUUUUCUAAAUCUAAUCGUAUGUUGUUGUCUAACUUUAACGAUGUUGUUCAGCCCAAUGUAACGGUGGCUAAAGAUGGUAGUGGCCAAUUUAAAACCAUUACUGAAGCUAUUAACUCAUACCCAGUUAAAAAUCGACGAGAUAGAUUCGUCAUCUAUGUUAAAGCCGGUAUCUAUAACGAGUAUAUUACCAUUGCUAAGAACAAGAAUAACAUUCUCUUGUAUGGUGAUGGCCCUACAAAAACCAUUAUCACCGGAAGCAAGGCUCUCAACAAAGAAGGAACUGACAAAACAAUGGACACUGCUACCUUCUCCACCCUAGCCAAAGAUUUUACGGCUAAGUCGAUUACAUUUGAGAACACGGCUGGUCAUGACGCUGGCCCGGCAGCGGCACUUCACGUGAAAGGUGAUCGUUCGGCAUUUUUUGAUUGUGGAAUUCAUGGUUACCAAGACACAUUGUAUGUACACACACUCCGUCAAUUCUACCGCGAUUGUGAGAUCUCUGGAACCACUGAUUUCAUCUUUGGACAUUCAACUACCUUGAUCCAAAAUUCUAAAAUCAUUGUGAGAAAGCCAGGUCCAAACCACACCAACAUUGUGGUGGCAGAUGGAACAGCAACAAUGAAUGCGGUCACCGGAAUAGUCCUUCAAAAUUGCUCAAUCAUGCCAGAUAAUGAGCUUUACCCUACUAGGUUGACAGUGAAGACUUACUUAGCAAGACCAUGGAGGCCAUACUCAAGGGCAGUAUUUGUCAACAAUUUUAUGGGUGAUUUGAUUCAACCAGAUGGAUAUUCGAUUUGGGGUCCUAAUGAAACACACAUUGAAAACUGCUACUUUGCAGAAUUUGGUAGCACUGGACCAGGUGCCAAUUCUCAAGCAAGGGUUAAAUGGAGUAAAGGUCUUAUUAGUAAGGAAGAAGCUACUAAAUUCACUGCUCAACCGUGGCUCCAAGCUAACACUUGGUUGCCUGCCACUGGCAUUCCUUUCAGUUCUGACCUUGAAGCUUAA